AUGGCGUUUCUAUUUUCCUCUCCUUUCAGCCAAGGGUCUUGCGUCGCGGAGGACGCUUGCUCCACGCAGGCAGAAUCGUCUGCAAAUCGUCCCAACUCGACUGUGGGGCCUUCCGCCGCCUCGAUUUCUGCGCCUCUCUGCGUCGCGCCUCCGCCUCGUCCGAAUGCCUUGCACCACCACGUGAAUUUUCUCGUUCAAGCGAGUGUUUCCAGCGUGCUUGCGUUCCCGGCUUUGUCGCGAAGUCUGUUCAAAGACGCCGUCGCCAUCAGCGCGAAGCACUCGCUCCGUCUCCACACAGACCUCAAAUGGGGCGCCUGCAGAAACUGCUUCACUCCCUACGUCCCAGGCCUCACGUGCUGCGUCAGGCUCGAGUCUCCUUCCGCGCCUUUGGCUGCCUCCUUGUCGCCUUCCUCUCUCGCUCCUUGCUCCGAUGCCUCCACUGCUUCGCGGGAAGGUUCAGGCACCUGCGCUGCCUCCCCUGCCUCCUCUGCCUCCUACUCGCUCGCUUCGCCCCGCACUGCGCACCGAUCGAAACAGGAGAUCCGCAGCUCUUCUCCGCCUUCGCAGAGCGACGUAGAAACGCCGCCAAGCGUCUCGGGACGAGGUGAGGAAACGGCACAGCUUCACGAGUCCUUGCAAAGGCCGGCGGUCACGGGAGCAGAAGUUGGUCGCGCAGCGACGCCGCGACCCGAGGCGGGACUGGCGACGAGUCCACGACGCCUCCGGCGGCGACGCAUCCGCCGCUCUGGCACUUGCCGUCGGCUCCAGCGAAGGCGCGAGAGAGAGGGCGACGACCUCCGGAUUCCAAGCCUCGACUCCUCUGUGGCUGCCCCCCCGGCUUCAUCGUUUCCUCCUUCUUCUUCAGCGGCGGCCUGCUCUCCUCCCUCCGCCGCCUGCCUGGCUUCGUCCCCCCGUGGUCCGGCUCCCGAGUCUCCUUCUUCAGCGGCAGGUCCGCCGUCCGCUCCUGCCUCCUCCACUUCUGGCCCUUCAUCAUCUUUGAGUUCUACCUCUUCUGUCCCUGCGGUAGCCGGCGGUGGAAGCUCCGCGUCUGCGCCUGCCCACGGCGCCGCAAGCGGUGCGGCGGAUGAAACACAGAGGCGGAAGAAAAGGAAAGCUGUCUUCGUGCGGGAUCCGAAACCGUGUUCGGCCUCCUUUCUCCGCGUCACUUGCCUCACAUGCGGCGUCGCCGGCCGAAGAGCGACGAUCCCGCAGCGGCCUCUGGAAGAAGAAGACUCGAUUCGGUAA